AGUUCGGUCUGAUACAGGUUAAUUCACCUGUCCCUCUUCAGGUGAGCCUUCGCCUCUUAGUUUUUUUCUUCCCUCCCCUGACGUCUGACUUCUGGCGUGACGUUUUCGGAUGAAUGACGCUUCAAAUAUGAACCGAGGCUUCACGCGCUGUAGCGGAGCAGUGCGCGCUCACAUGACGAACUGAAAGACUGCGGAAGAACAGAAGCAGUGUCCGAACAGAAGAACAGCUGGGGGGAAUCUGAAUUUCAGAAAUGAGCGGCGGAAAAAGCAAGAUGGAGGACGAGGCCGUCUUGGACAGGGGGGCGUCCUUUCUCAAACAUGUCUGUGAUGAGGAGGAAGUCGAAGGCCACCACACCGUCUACAUCGGCGUGCACGUACCAAAGAGCUACAGGCGGCGGAGACGCCAUCGCCGACGCACCAGCCACAAAGAGAGGAAGGAAAAACUGACGGAGAACGCAGAGGAGACGAGCAGCAGCAUCCUCAAACCGACUGUUUCUCCAGCAGCCGAGCGCAUUCGCUUCAUGCUGGGGGAGGACGAUGAUGCGCCAUCGCCUCCGCAGCUUUUCACCGAGCUGGACGAACUCCUCUCUGAAGACGGCCAGGAGAUGGAAUGGAAGGAGACAGCCAGAUGGAUCAAGUUUGAAGAAAAGGUGGAGAAGGGUGGAGAACGCUGGAGUAAACCUCAUGUGGCAACACUCUCCUUGCACAGUCUGUUUGAGCUCAGAACGUGUAUAGAGAAGGGUACCAUCAUGCUAGAUCUGGAAGCUUCCACUCUGCCUCAGGUUGUGGAGACGAUUACAGACAGUCAGAUUGAUGCCGGCCUUUUGAAGCCAGAACUGAAGGAUAAAGUCACUUAUACCUUGCUCCGGAAGCAUCGGCACCAAACCAAGAAAUCCAACCUGCGCUCCCUGGCCGACAUUGGCAAGACGGUCUCCAGUGCAAGUAGGAUGUUUUCCAGCACGGAUAAUGGUAGUCCUGCCACUGCACAUCGAAACCUGACGUCAAGCAGCAUGAACGAUAUAUCUGAUAAACCAGAAAAGGAUCAGCUGAAGAACAAGUUCAUGAAGAAGUUGCCCAGGGAUGCCGAAGCCUCCAACGUGUUAGUCGGAGAAGUCGACUUCCUGGACACACCCUUUGUGGCCUUUGUGAGGCUACAGCAGGCCGUCAUGCUGGGAGCACUAACAGAAGUGCCAGUUCCAACCAGGUUCCUUUUUAUUCUUCUCGGCCCCAAAGGCAAAGCGAAGUCGUACCAUGAAAUUGGUAGAGCCAUUGCCACCCUCAUGUCUGAUGAGGUUUUCCAUGAUAUUGCGUACAAAGCCAAGGACAGACAGGAUCUUCUCGCUGGCAUUGAAGAGUUCUUGGAUGAGGUCAUCGUCCUCCCUCCUGGUGAAUGGGAUCCUACCAUCAGGAUAGAACCUCCAAAGUCCCUCCCUUCUUCAGAUAAAAGGAAGAACAUGUACGCCGGAGGAGACAACGCACAGAUGAAUGGGGACACACCCCAUGACGGGGGACACGGAGGUGGAGGACACGCCAUCGGUGACGAGCUGAAAAAGACAGGACGUUUUUGUGGAGGCCUUGUGCUUGACAUUAAAAGGAAAGCGCCAUUUUUUGCCAGCGAUUUUUACGAUGCAUUGCACAUCCAGUCUCUCUCUGCCAUCUUGUUCAUCUAUUUGGGAACAGUUACCAAUGCAAUCACGUUCGGAGGUCUGCUGGGAGACGCCACGGAAAACAUGCAGGGUGUGCUGGAGAGUUUUCUGGGCACAGCCGUGUCAGGAGCUGUCUUCUGUCUUUUAGCUGGACAGCCACUCACCAUCCUCAGCAGUACAGGGCCAGUACUUGUAUUUGAGAGACUCCUCUUCACCUUCAGCAGAGAAAACGACUUUGAUUACCUGGAGUUCCGGUUGUGGAUUGGUCUCUGGUCAGCCUUCUUGCUCAUGGUGUUGGUUGCAACAGAUGCCAGUUUCCUGGUGCAAUACUUCACGCGCUUCACAGAAGAGGGCUUUUCCUCGCUUAUCAGCUUUAUCUUCAUCUACGACGCCUUCAAGAAGAUGCUGAAGCUCGCCCACUACUACCCCAUCAACUCUGACUUCAAAGUCGACCAUGUCACGCAGUACGACUGCUUGUGCAUGGCACCCACUAUAGUAAACACCUCAGAAGUAAUUACAGAUUCAGCUGAAAGCACCUCUAUGUGGUUCGCCAACUACACAGAUUUACCCAUAAAUGCCACCUGGUCCUCUCUGACAAAGAAGGAAUGCCUGAAGUAUGGUGGAGAGUUGGUGGGGAAGUCCUGCGAGUUUGUGCCCGACAUCACCCUCAUGUCCUUCAUCUUGUUUCUCGGGACCUACACCUGCUCCAUGUGUCUGAAAAAGUUCAAGUUCAGUCCCUUUUUCCCCACCACGGUGAGGAAACUAAUCAGUGAUUUCGCCAUCAUCCUGGCCAUCCUGAUUUUCUGCUGUGUUGAUGCUUUGGUAGGAGUUGAUACACCAAAGCUAAUUGUGCCAACAGAAUUUAAGCCAACAAGCCCACACCGUGGCUGGUUUGUGGCACCGUUUGGAGGCAACCCCUGGUGGGUUUACCUGGCAUCAGCCCUUCCUGCCCUGCUGGUCACCAUCCUGCUUUUCAUGGACCAGCAGAUCACAGCCGUCAUCGUCAACCGGAAGGAGCAUAAACUGAAGAAAGGUGCAGGCUAUCAUUUGGACCUGUUCUGGGUGGCUGUAUUAAUGGCGCUGUGCUCCUUCAUGGGUCUGCCUUGGUACGUGGCUGCUACCGUCAUCUCCAUCGCCCACAUAGACAGCUUGAAAAUGGAGACGGAGACCUCAGCCCCGGGGGAGCAACCCAAAUUUUUGGGGGUCAGGGAGCAGCGGGUAACCGGGGUUUUCGUGUUCCUUCUCACUGGACUCUCUGUCUUCAUGUCUCCCAUUCUUAAGUUUAUCCCCAUGCCUGUCCUCUAUGGAGUCUUCCUCUAUAUGGGUGUUGCCUCACUUAAUGGCGUACAGUUCAUGGACCGCCUGAAGCUGCUUCUGAUGCCUGCCAAGCACCAGCCAGACCUAAUCUACCUGCGGCAUGUUCCACUGCGCAAAGUUCACCUCUUCACCUUUGUCCAGCUGCUGUGCCUGGCUCUGCUUUGGAUCCUCAAGUCCACCGUGGCUGCCAUCAUCUUCCCUGUCAUGAUCCUAGCUUUGGUGGCUGUGAGGAAGGCUAUGGACUACAUGUUCUCUCAGCAUGAACUCAGCUUCCUGGAUGAUGUUAUACCAGAGAAGGACAAAAAGAAAAAGGAAGAUGAGAAGAAAAAGAAGAAGAAGACAAGAGACAGCAUAGACAGCGACAUAGAUGAGUCUGAUUACCCUUUCAACGAGACUGUGCCCACCAUUAAAAUCCCCAUGGAUAUGAUGGAGCAGGAGCCUUUUUUAGGGGAUAAGGCCUCUGACAGAGAAAAGCAGUUUCUUGACCGAUACACGCCAUGUUAAGAAAAGGCGCUACUGUGAGGACAGUCCAAUAUCAAGUCCAGAGAGAAUACCACUAAAUGUGCCUCAAAUUAGAAUAGACUAUGGUUCAGACAAUGAAGACAGCGACUACUUCUGGAGGAGUCAAGGGUCCGAGGCGUAAUUCUAGCUCCUCCCCCCGUCAGCCUAUUUAGCCAAUAACAAACCUAAAACAUUAUGAAUCUUCUCGGGUGGAAAGCUGUCCGAUCAAGGGAUUUUUUUUUUUUUUUUGUAACGGGCCGUUUCUAUCACGCCUACAUUGCCUGGAUGCGUUUCCCUACCAGAGUACAACUUCUGGACGCUUCAUCUUCAUGGAUGCCAUUUUAAACCUUCAUUCUGUUUCACUUAGAAAUAUACAGUUAUACAGCUCACUCAUAAGAACACUGGCUGACAUCGUAAUUCCUACUACUAUGCAAUUCAUUCAUUCAUUCAUUCAUUCAUUCAUUCUUGUGUCGGUCAACUGAAAAUGCUGUACAUGGUUUGUGACCACACAAGGAGAAAAAAAAACACUCCUUCAUCAUUCUUGGCUUUUUUUUUUUAUUUGAUUUUAUUCUUUGUUUUCUUUUGUAUAAGGAAUUACCAUUUUCCUGUAGCAGGAAAAAUAAUAUUUUGAUUUUUUUAUUUUGUAGCUCUACCUCUAUAGAUGGAAGGAAUUGAUGUAAGAAAAAAAUUAUUGAAGUGUUGAUUUCUUUUCUCAGCAUGAGUUUUAAUGUUAUCAUGCUUAUUGUACUUUCCGAACACAAUAUUAAAAUCGAAGGCUCACACUGUAUUAUUACAACAGAGAACAUUAAUGCCUACGUGAUUUUUUUAACCUUUAAUCGUGUUUAUUUCUGAUUCGCUGUAUGAUAUUCCACUUUAUACAGUGUUAUGAAAUAUUUUUAUCCCUUUAAUAGUAAUGAAAUAAUUUCAAGUACAGAUUUAUUCAAAGAAAUGAAAUCGAUGCUAAUCAAUUAAUAACCAAAUAUCAGUCUCAUUUUUUCUUUCUUAUUUGUACCUUCCACUAAGGUUGUAUUAUUCUGCAAUCUGUCCUGGUAACGACCGCCAUUAAUGUCUUCCCGCUUUUCAACCUGAUGACUUUCGAAAAGUUACUUAAAGAAACAAAGAAUAAAUAAAUACAUGGCAAAGUGAACGCCAACACUUUCUGUGAAGGUCAUAUUUAUAAUUAAUAUAAAAACACAUUCAUAUCAUAUUAUAAUGCAUUCACCUGGGAUAACACAUAAAGACAAAAGACCGAUCACUGAUCAAUUACUUGAAAAAACAACAACAAAUAAAUUAAGGAAUAAACACGACUUACAUUAAAUUGUUCACUUAAGCAUUUUUUU